AUGCGUCGCAAAUAUGCAUUGCAAGUAUGCACUUUAAAUAUGCAUUGCAAACAUGUCUUGCAAAUAUGCAUUGCAAAUAUGCAUUGCAAAUAUGCCUUGCGAAUAUGCAUUGCAAAUAUGCAUUGCAGAUAUGCAAUGUGCUCCGGAGCAAGUGCGGCGACGGGCUCCAGCAAGCGGAGCAGGAUUUCCGUGCUCUCAUCUACCCCAAAUGUUCUCCGGCUCAGCGGUCCCCACACAUCUACUAGCAGGCCUCCAAGGGCGAAAAGCGCAGACACGUGGGCGCGACGAGCAGGAGCACCUGCGCCAGCAACGGAGCAGACAGCGCGCAUCCUUCCUGAGCACAACGAAGGUGGUGAUGCGACUGAAGACGCACGCAUGAGGCGUGGUCAAAACAGUGCGCCGGCCGGCUCGGUGGGUCAUAGUGCUUCUUUCUGGAGGUGGAAGCGGCAAAGAAGCGUCGCCCGUCAAUUGUCUUCCACCGAUGUGCUCCCAGGUAACCCAAUCCCGACAUCCCGUCUGCCUUCCACAUCUUCUCUGCAGCGCCCGUCGGUUCGCAGUGUUACGAGUCGGCUCAGUUCAGUAGUCCGUGGCGCAUCCUCCUUCCGCAGGACCGUGCUUCUGCCCGCGGAGCAGCACGUGGAGGACGUCUCCGCGUGUGUAUUAGCGCACGAGUACGUAUAUCACACAGAAAAAAGCUAGCAGUGCAAAAGCAAAAAAUACAUGAAACACCAUGGUGGCUGCAUCGAUGAAGAUGAGCAACGUUUUUGCAUAGCCUAUUAGCAAUAUGCUAUGGGCGGCCUCUUCAGGAGACCAGGGACAGACAGUGACAGAUACUUCAUAUGAGCCCCCCCCGCUAGUUUUUUCUCUACUGGGAUAACGUGGACAUUUUUCAGGACUUCGUCUGGUUUUACCGCGAUACGCUCUUCACGCGCUACCAGGUGCGCGCCAUGGUUCGCAUCUUCACUUCCCUGGCCUGGAUCUUCAUUCCUGCAGUCGCUUUCUUGACCGACAUCCGCCACUAUCCCGGCUUCUCUACGGAUUUGGUCACUAACGUCGUGUACCCAGUUUCAUUUUUCUGCUACGACUAUCCUGUGCAAAAGUAUCCCACUCGUAUUGCAGUCAUGCAUUACAAAUCUUUUUCUCAAGAAGGUGAAUCAGCAAUACAAAUUGUAUUUCUUUUUCUCAUGCUGAGUAAUGCAUUUAUACGCGUGCGAUAUUUUUGCAAUUCAUAACGACUGCUCCGAGUGGAUUACCCUGACUUUUUUUUUCUUUUUCGCCGACGCGGAAGCGAAGCACCGGUUUAUAUCAAAUGCAAAAAUGUCUGGGUCUGGAAGGUUGGAACUUGUGAUGCUAACUUUGGACUCUAAAAAAAUCUGUAUUGCAUGACCAGCAAGAGGAGUCUAGUUUGUGCUACGCGGGGAGGGCGUUUGUCAUGCGGAGUAGGUAUCAGGAAGCCCUCUAAAGAUAUGUGAUGCUAGGCCGUGCAUUGCAGACAUCCUGGUCCAUGCAAAACAUGCGUGACAAAUCUCAGAAUCUUCCAGACCCAGAAAGUUUUGCAUUUGAUGGUUUACGUCGCUCUUCAACUCAGCCUUUAAGCAGAAAACCAGCGACCUGCGGCUGGUGUGCAUGCUGCUGGCCGUUUUCUUUGCCGUGCUGUGCUUCGGCACCCGCUGGAACCCGAGGAAUCUGCGAUUGCUUCGGGCGGAUACGGGGAUUGCAGAUUUAUCUUGGGCAGACGUGCAAAAUGUCUGCGCCGAGGCAUGGGCGAGGUAAGUAAGUAGAACAAUGAGGGGACACGCCUUUGGGUUCGGAUCGAGUUCAUCUUGUAGUUGAAUUGAAUUCUAUAAAUUAGUAUUUUUUUCAAUGGAGUACUUUUGGCGCACCGCAUACAAAAAUACUGAGUCUUUUACUGCAGCUCUUAUUUGCCUGUACGUCGACUAAAGCUGUAAAAGCAGAGGCCUUGGCGAGAAAAGGGAAAGCAAAUAGCAAAACCAAUAUAGAAAAGCUCCUACAUCAAAAGAUAUAAAAGAUGUCGGAAGCAUAGAAGACACCAUCGCUACUGCAGUGCAGUUGUGUUGGAUAAAAAUAUCUGUCACGUAGAACAAUUUGAAUUUGGGGCGUGAUGGCUUCGACCGUAUCGGCGAGGAGUAUAAACUAAUUGUGAUUUCAUCAAGAGCGCAC